AUGUUUGUGGUCUGUCCACCAGAAGUCGAGCUUCGACCAGGUAACACUCUGGUGUUUGAGCUGUUCAUGCUUUCCCAAACUACCUCAGCCGCCUAUGCGGGGGCCAAUGCAGUGUCUAGGCCUUGGAGAAGACGUGGAGGAGGUCAGUUUAUGGACCAUGCAAUGGCAAUGCAAACCGAUCACGUUGUCGCUUGGGGGGCCUUGCCACUCUCAACUCCAGAAUUUCAGGUCGUACAGGGUAAAUUCAAGCUGCCACUAUUACGUGGCGAAAUGGACCAUACGAUGGAUAAGUACAAGGACAUGGAGAAAAUUGUACCACCUGCCAAAACCUCCAGCUGUGCUGCAACGUCAACGUCGACCCGAAGGUGA